UCUAAAGGGAGAGAAAUAGGAAUAGGGUUAGAUGUCCUCGUUUAUCAAUUCUAGUCAAUUUUCUCUGCAAAUGGCAGAACCGAUGUUAAUCGAUCUUGACGCCAAACUCCCUCCUUCCAAAGAUCCAAAACCUAAUCGACCCAGAAACGGUUGGAGUCGCAAGAAGGUUAUCACGAUGUUGCAGAAUCUGAAGACCGCUGAGGAGAAGCAAGCGUUCGUCGAAUCGCUCGAAAAGGAGCUUGAAGGAUUGUUCAGUUACUACAGGGAAGUGAUGGAUCAGAAGGUUAGCAUUGAGCUUGGAGAGUGCGGUUCUAGAAACGGUGUUGUUGCUGCGCUUAUGGAGGAGAGCGAGCUUCCGCUGUCGAAGCUUGUGGAUGAGAUUCAUGACAAAUUGAAGAAUGGUGAUAAUGCUGCAGCGGUGGAGCAAGUGACUCACGCGUCUGUGAAGAGCAGCGUGCUUAUGUUGGGACAGAGGAUGAUGUACGGUGUGGCCAAUGCCGAUGCUGAUAUAUUAGAGGACCAAUCCAAAUCCUGUUUUUGGUGUUGGGAGACCAGGGAUAUGAAAUUGAUUCCCAAAUCUGUUCGAGGACAGUUUGUCGUUCGGCGUACUUGCAGGAAAAGAAUACAUGAGAGGAUAACAGCUGUCUCUGAAAUGAUAUCCUCAAUGAAGAAUCUAGAGAGUGAGCGAAAUUACAAUAAAGGAAUAUUGAAGGCAUCAACAAAGCUUGGUAAAGCUAUUACUGAGGCAGAUAUCCGUUUGUUAGUGGAUGGAUUGUUUCAGAAAAACAGCAUAGACAUGGAUAAGAAGAAAGCAAACCUAGAAGAAAAAUUGCUUGUUAAGCAGCUGGAAAAAAAUAGGAGGGAAAGUGAGAAAGAGAAAGAAAGCAUGACCAGUGAAAUGAAAAGAGAAAUGCAGCCUGGAGAAUUAGAUUCGAAAUUGUUGCAAGGUGAAGCACAAAAUGAUGAGAAAAGUGGUGAAAAGAGGAAACAGCAAAAGCAGGCAGAUGAAGCAGUAAAGAGUCAACGUCGCCGAGAGAAAGAAGAAGCUGAACUGAAAAAGAAGCGUUCUAUACAAAAGCAAGCCUCACUCAUGGAACGUUUUCUUAAAAGAACUAAAACUGAUAGUAACCCUGCAUUUCAGAAUGAUGAUGUCCCACCCAAAGAAAUUGCACCUGAUUUGUCUAAUAAUAAGAGUGAAAGUGUGACUGACUCAGCUACUCUUUCAAUGGAUAGUACUUUUGCAUCAAGUAGUGAAAUUGUGCUUGAGAAUAUUCGCAAGUUACACUUUUCAACAUGGCGCAAUUUAGGUCAGUUAAUUAGGUCAAACAGAAAACAAAGAUGGGGUUUACGUCAAAAACCCAGGACUGAGAUUUUUAAGGAACUUAAGCUGACGGGUUCUAAAUCUGAUGCUAAUUAUGAUGAGUUGGGCAUGGAAGGACUUGAAGACAGACCGGGAGAAUGCAGUUCUGAUAUUGGAUCAUCCCCAAUGAAUGUAGAUAGUUCACCUCCUGAGGCUAAGAAGUACUCUCGGGCAAAACAAUUAUUGCAGUUUGAUAAAGCUCAUAGACCUGCCUUUUAUGGUAUUUGGCCCACAAAAAGUAAUGCUGUUGGACCACGCCAUCCUUUAAGAAAGGACCCAAUCCUGGAUUAUGAUGUCAGCAGUGAUGAGGAAUGGGAAGAGGAGGAACCUGGUGAAAGUCUUUCAGAUUGUGACAAAGAUGAAGAUGAAUCUCCAGAGGAUUGUCCCAAAUCUGAUGAAGAAAGUGAAGAUGGGUUUUUUGUACCUGACGGAUAUCUCUCAGAAGAUGAGGGUGCACAAGUGGACGGAAUGGAAAUUGACAUUGAAACUGAGGGGGUUGAUAGCACGCCAAGCAGUAAGGAUGACAGUGAAAACGAGGAGUUUUAUGCAUUACUUCGACAUCAGAAAUAUUUAAACAGUUUGACAGAGCAUGCUCUUCGAAAAAAUCAACCGUUGAUUAUAACAAAUUUGACUCAUAACCAGGGUCUGUUAUUGGAUCGAAGUCUAAGUGGAACUCCUAAACAGGAGCAAACGUUCUUGCAGGCCUUGAGUAUGUGUGUAAUACCUGGUGGCUCAUAUAUAGAAAUAUCUAUAGAGAAAGUGCAAGAUGAGGACCACGAAACCUGUCUCCCUAAUGAUAAAGGUGGUGCUACUCCUUUGUCUGAUAUGGCUCAUAUACUGGACUCAGACCUACCAAUAAUUGUUACUACUAUUCAGAAUUGUUCUCAGAGCAUAAAUAAAGUGUUAGGGUCUUUGCAACAAAAAUUCCCAUCUGUCUCAAAGUCCCUACUAAAGAAUAAAGUGCGUGAAGUAUCAGACUAUGUUGAUAACCGCUGGCAGGUGAAGAAGGAAGUUUUACUUAAGCUUGGUUUGCCUGUUAACCCUGAUGCAGAAAAGAGAAGCAUUGCUGCAUUUUUCUUCAAAAGAUGCUUGCCACCUGUGGAUGGAAGUAUGAGACCCGGUGAAAUUUCACCAAUAUCAUCCCUGAAAUCACAUUCUGGCAGUAAUCAAGAACAACAGCAGAGUUCGUACAACAUCUAGUCCAAUGAUGUCAUUACCUAAUGGCAUUUCUGCUCCUUUCAGAUUUAUGUUUAUAUUUUUGUGAAGGUUGGAGGUGUUAGGGGUUGUGUUUCAUGAUUCAUUAAGCUAGUUUCUGAUUACUGUUUGUCGAUACUGUCUGCUUUUUCUGUUUGUAUGGCAUUCACAGAACUGUCAAGUGACUACAUUACACUGAAACAGCGCAAGUCUAGUUGCGCCAUCUUGGGAGUCUCUUAUUAUGCUAUAUGAAAUCCAAAGCUGUAUUGUAUAAUAGCACCAUGCUAUAAGCUGGACUGUAAAACCGAGAAAGAAGUCAACACCUCCAGUACAAUCGGCCCUUUCGUUGA